AUGCCAGAGUCUCGUUCGUUAUCGGAAUUAACCAGACAAAUCGCUCCACCAACUAAGAACGGCCAUGCACCACCACCCACGGAAUCGAGAAAGAGCUAUCAAUCUGUCAAUCCUGUCCGUGUCCGGGCCGGUUUCAGCUUUGCAACCAUACUCCCCCCGGAACCCAAAGACUUUGGUUUCCCGGAAGCUGCCCGGCGGGUCAUGGGAAUAACGCCGCCGCAUCGCCAGAUCAACCAGGUAGGGAAGCGCGAGCGGGAAAGCCCCGGGAGACGGAGGACACGGAGAAGAGCGAGAGCGAGAGCGAGAGCGAGAAGGCCGGCCGGGCCGGGGAGGAGGAGGGGUGGGAAGCGAGCACAGGGGGCGGAACCACGGGCGCUCGACAACGGGACAGCGGCAGCCGACACGAACGAGCGGCGGGCGGGAACGGGAACUCAAGCGGCCGGACACACCCCCCCACGCGGGGGGGGGUCCGGCACCCGUCCGCACGCACGUCGGCGACAAACCGCGCGCCGGCGAGCGACCGAGCCACAGCGGGAGCGCACACGCACGCGCUUUUUCCGCACGCCCUCGGAACGCAACACCCCCCCACAACUCCGACAACCACGACAACGGACAACUUUUUUCCUCUUUCCGUGCCUCCCCCACGCCGUGGCAUCGGGAGAGCCGGGAAGGUCGGCCGCACCGGGCGCAGAGCCGGGCGGGGCAAAUCGGGCACGGUGGUGGUGGCGGCGGGAGAGAAGCGACCGGCGAACGCUCGCCCGCGGGAAACGACGAUUCCCCGAACCAUCACCACCGGAGGGGACGAACCGCGGGGACGGGCGGGGCGGGGGACGGCGGGGGCCGGACCGGGAAAGGCCACCCGUCAAGAACCCGACAACACCCGCGUCGACCCGCCGCGAGACGGACACCCUCCCGACAAACGCGGCACGCCAGGGCCUUACUCGUCGCGGCACGGAGACGCACCGGCGGGGUGCGGCGGGCGCUCACGGACGGGAGCGGGGACCGCAGCGGGCCCCCCCAGCACACGGCAGCGAGGCGCAACGCCGGGGGACGCGGGAGACUCCCCGACCCUCCGGGCGGGGUCGGGAGACCACGAGCAAGCGGGAGAGACCACACCGAAAGGGGGACGGCGGGGUGACCGGAUGGUGGCCGGCAGCCCGGCGAGAAGCGGAGGAGGAGGGACCCGCCGUGAAACCGGGCGGCGUCGUUGCGCGAGGGAUGGAGGAGGGAGGGAGGGAGGGCAGGGUCGACGAGCGAGCCCCGGCCCCCGACACACACAGCCUCCAAGACCACAACACAAGAACGCCGCCGCAGCCGCGGGACCGGGACGCCCUCCAAACCGCAUCUCCUCCCACCCGCCGGGCGGUUCUUCCCCCCCCACCCAACACCUUGACCCCGGGUGACCGCCCAGACCCUACGUGCCCGGCCGCCCCCCAUUCGGGGGGUCCGACAGCACGGCCGCGGGUCGGCCAGACGAGGAAAGGAGGAGGGAGAGAGAAAAAACCGGCGACGGGCGGGGAGGGGGGAACGACACGGACGAACGAGGGCCGGCGACGACGACAGGAGCGCCCGCGACCCAGCCUCCCCCCGGAAAGCGCCUCACAAGGUGACCCAGAGACCGCCAGCCCGGGCGGCGACGGGGCACGCGGGGUUGAACCGGCGGGAAUCACACUGCACACUCCCCGAGCAGUCCCGCCACCACGCCCACGGCACCGAGCCGACCCAAGACCGACGGGCCCCCGGGAGCCCCGGGAGACACCAACACGAGAGAGACCGAGACGGACACACCGACGCCGACCGCCAGAGACCCUCGAGCGGCAGCGGAUCCCGACGUCCGACGACGCGCCGGACGCGGCCAACCACCGUUCCCCCAAAAACGUCCGCCCCCGAGGAGCCGACCGAGGCGGGAAGACAACUCGCAGCGAAACGGAGCACGGGAGGCAACGCCGGGGAACGGGAAGCGCCACCACCAGCUCAGAAGCGGGCACCUUGGCAAUCAAAGCCGGGAACGCUCCAGGAGCACCAGAGGCUCGCGAAAAGCCGGGCGCACACAUACCCGACGGGAAAGGGCAUGCGGCGCAAACGGACCAGCCACCCUCCCCGGUUCGGGGAAAGGGAGAGGGCCAAGAUGGAACACAACACCGCGUGAACCGCAGGGACAGCAGAGCCCCUGACGCGCCCACGAAGACCCCGCGAACCACGACGAGAAGUGCGCGCGGGUCGGCGUUCGGGCCGGACAGCCGCACCCCUGCCUACCACACACCACCGGCACAGAUGGGGAGGAGAGACGAGGGGCCCGCUGGCAGAACGAGAAGCGCGGUCGCCAUUCGCAUGGAAUGA